AUUAAGUGAUUAAUAUUAGGAAUUUUAAGCGCUUAACAAAUGGCUACGCCACUGCCGCGCCGCGUUAAGGAUAUGUCGGCGUUUUUUGAUUCGGAAGAUGAUUUAAAUACGCCCUGCAAGUCCAGUCAAAGGAACGCUGAUCAAACAAACAAAGAGAAUGUGGCGCAAAGCAUUAAUAAUGCAAAAAAUAGUUUGCUCAAUGCUCCGAAGGAAAGCGGAUACGGUUUCUUUCCUAUGCGCACGCGGGAGCUCCAAAUGCAGUCGGAUAGCGAUGAGGAGGACGAGGAGGAGGGCAAGAGCGAUCAUAAUUUAAAUUGCGCCAUUCUAAACGACUCCUUUAUACAAAGUCCCUUGCAUGAGAACACUGCCAGCACGUCAAGCCUAUCCAUUCCCGCGGCGGCCCUCAAGCGCACAGACUCCAAUUUAUCGUUUCUGGGACGAUUUGGCAAUAUGGGCAUCAAUUGUAGCGGCAGAGAAAAGUCCCCCAAUGCUGAGGUGGAGGAGCCUGCAAAAAAAGGCCCACCACCCACGACGUUGCAACGUAAGGCCAUUGAAACGGAGACGCCACUACGGCCAUUAAAUGUGGCCCCCAAGUCGCAGUUGAAGCACGAGGCGGAGUUUGUGACGCCACAGGUACGAUGUCGUUCAAUUAUGCGAGGAUCACGUCAACAGGACUUACAGAAAUCCUCGUCAGCAGCCAGUAGCUCGCUAGCCAACGAGUUUCGCUCCCAAAAGGUGCUCUUCCAAACACCUAUGGCAGUGAGUCGCGGUGCGGCCUUUCCCGGUGAUAGCAUCUCAUUCUCGCUGUGCGAUACCAUCAGCGAGAGUCCUGAUACGCCUGCCCAGCCCAAGCCAGCGGCUGUGCCCCGAACUGGCAAAUCCAAAGUCUCACUGGAGAGUGCGUUUCGCGAAGCAGAAAAGUUGGCCGAAGUGCUGCCGCCAGUAGCGUCGGCGCCGGCACCAGUACCGCCAGCUUCCACGCCAGCAACAUCCUCUUCAUCCACAAAUGUGCUGAAAAUUAAGAACCAUGAGUACGUUAUAGUUCGCAAAUUGGGUUGCGGGGGCUCCAGUUCCGUCUAUUUGGCGCGUCGCAAGGACACGGGCGAGGAGUUUGCGCUGAAAGUGGUGGAUUUGCAGGCAGAUCCUGCCGUUGUCGAGGGCUACCUGAACGAAACAAAAUUGCUGGCCAAACUGCAGGGCUGUGUCUGCGUUGUGGCGCUCUAUGACUACCUCCUGAACAGCCGCGAAUCGAAGCUGUAUGUCGUAAUGGAAAAAGGCGAUUCGGAUUUAAAUAAAAUACUGCAAAGCUAUACCACAAAUCUGCCGCUCUAUAAUCUGAUGAACAUACUCUACCAAAUGCUGCAGGCAGUCAACUAUAUUCAUCAAAAUGGUGUCAUCCAUUCAGAUCUCAAGCCGGCCAAUUUUCUGAUGGUCAAUGGACGCCUGAAAUUAAUUGAUUUUGGCAUUGCCAGCAACAUAGCCGUCGAUUCGACUAGCAUUAUCAAAUUCAGUCCAGCCGGCACCUUCAACUACAUCAGUCCCGAGGCCCUAACGGAUAUAUCGACCGGUAGCAGUCCGAUGCGUAACAAUCAGCCGAAAAUGAAAAUCUCCACGAAGUCGGAUGUCUGGUCUUUGGGUUGCAUUUUAUAUCUGCUGUUGUACCAGAAGACCCCCUUCGGUCAUAUCAGAAACAUAAACGCCAAAAUGAGCGCGAUUUCCAGUCCCAGCACGAGUAUCGACUAUCCAGCCAUACCGGUCUAUUAUCCAAUCAUGUUGGUGCAUAUGACCAAAAAUUGCCUGCAGCUGGAGCCAAAAAAGCGGCCCUCUUGCGCCGAUUUGCUGCAAUAUCCAUUCCAUAUGGUCAUACCCAUACAAAAUCUGGCAUUGACUGCCAAACGCUGAGGGAAAGAUUUAUACUUACAACAUGUAUACAAUAGUAAUAAUAAAAACCAGUCAAAUGUA